GCUUUUAGAAUGGAUCUGUUGUUCCUCAGCCGGCGAAUUUUUCUGGGCGAUGGCAGCCAAGACUCCCUGAUCCAUGGCGGCAUUAUCGUGGACACGGAGGGCAUUAUCCGGAAGGUGCUACGUUCGCCGCAGGAGGUCAACACCUAUCUGUACAACACCGAGUCCGAGUCGGUCUAUGAUUUCGGUGACCUGUUACUGAUGCCGGGCCUAAUCGAUCCCAAUGUGCACAUCAAUGAGCCGGGCCGCAAGGACUGGGAGGGUUUCGCCACGGCCACAAAGGCGGCGUCGGCAGGUGGCUUCACCACCAUUAUAGACCGACCCACCAACGCCACCCCACCCACCGUGAGUGUGGCGGCUCUCAAGGCCAAGACUUCCACGGCACGGGGAAAGAUCUACGUGGACGUGGGCUUCUGGGGUGGCCUCGUUCCCGGAAACGGAGAUCAGCUGGCCCCUCUUUUGGCCGCCGGCGUUAUGGGUCUCCAAUGCACCCUGUGUGAUUCGGCGUCGCCCGUCUCCCAGGAAUUCCCAGCCGUAAACGAAGCUCAAUUGGAGGAGGCUCUCGUCCGGUUAGAAAAGGAUCACGAUGAAGGCGAGGCUAUCAUAGCGGUGCACGCCGAGCUGCCGCUGACCACAGAAAUCCAGCCGGACGAGGAGGCGCCCCGGGAGUACGGCACAUUCCUGGCCACCCGGCCACCGGCGAUGGAGAUUUCGGCGACGCAGUUGCUCUGCCGACUGGCACGUCGCCACCCGAGGCGUGGCAUCCACAUCCUGAACGCGAGCAGUGGCCAGUGUCUGCCGCUGGUGGAGGAGUGCCGACGCGGGGGGGCCAGCCUGACGAUGGAAACCUGUCCGCAUUAUCUGACCCUGGCGGCCGAGGAGGUGCCCGAGUGCGGCACGGAGUACAAGACAUGGCCACCGAUACGGGAGCGCAGGAAUCGGGACGCGUUGUGGGAGGCUCUCAAGGUGGGCGGGGCCAUACGGAUGAUUGGUAGCGAUCACUCACCGGCGACGCCCGGCGCACGCGCCCUCACCUGCGGCAGGGGGCGUGGCAACUUCCUGAAGGCCUGGCCGGGCAUCAAUGGGCUGCAGCUCAGCCUAUCGGUUGUCUGGACGGCAGCCAAUCAGCGGGGAUCCGCCUUGAGCAUUGCCGACAUCCACCGGCUGAUGUGCCAGGAGCCGGCGAUCCUGUGCGGUCUGUCCGCCUCGAAGGGCCGCAUUGCCGAGGGCUUCGACGCCGACUUCUGUGUGUGGAGUCCCGAGGAGGAGUUCACCGUGGGUCCGGAGCUGCUCUACACGGCCACCAAGGCGACGCCGUAUGCGGGUCAAAGGUUAAGGGGAGUGGUGCACGCGACGGUGGUGCGGGGACUGCAUGUCUAUCAGCAGUUCGAGGGAUUCGGCCAGCCUUUGGGCAAGGUGCUACUGCGACGGACCAGCCGCAAACUGGUCAAGUUCGUGAGCAUGUGAGGAAGUGGAUCUGCAGAAAACUUUGUUAAUUAAAAUCAUUAGGAGAUUGGGCUGUGUUCGUUGGUAUUCCGUAGCCACUUUCCUUUUCCUACUAAUACCCUAUCGCAGGGUAUGGACAUUUCCACAAUAUAUUUUGGCAAAUAAAGUAGACCUAUAUCAAUGCCAAAACUAGAAGAAUAUAAUCAGUUUGCAAUAGAUUACUGGGACACUCCCGAAAAAUCAUUAAAUGCUGAUAACA